GGGGUGCGUCCAGCUAACUCUCCCCUCUCUCAUAAGUGGACAGUCAACACGCCAGGCAGGUACAGAACGUCGAUUUCCUCCACAUUGAGAAAACGUCAAGUCCGUGGUCAACAUGAGUCAGCGAGGGAAGUUGAGGCUGCUGACGCUGACAGUCGUACUGACAGGUGUCCUCUGUACCAACCAAAACAAAUUCCUAGAGUUCACUGGUUACUACAUCCAGGGACACGUCCUUAUUAGACUACAGUCCGCCUCGCUAAUACAGUGCGCUAGCGUGUGUCUGAUGAACCAGCCAGAUUGCCGCGCCUUCAACAUUAUCUACAAGCGGAGGCCGAGCAGAGAGUAUAUAUGUGAGGUCCUCUCCUCCUAUAGUCACCUUAGAGUUCUCUUACACUCUACCCUCUACUACGACCCAAAUAUGUACCAAGAACUCGGCUAUAAACUGGACCUCGGGCGGCUGGUCCACUACAUCCCUCCCGCAUCGACAGGAAUCUCAUGGGGAGAUGCAAAAGCCGCCUGCAAAUCACUGUGGGGCGAACUACUGGUGCCGAGGACACAGCUUGAGUGGGAGUGGAUGAAGAUAAUCUACAAUAACAUGAAUUACCAAGCGAUGUGGAUGCCCAUACUGGAGAGUGGGGAAAAUGAAAAUAAAUAUAUUUGGACAGGAUGGAACCUGAAUAGUACCACAGCCCCGGGAGACCUGGCAAUGACCUGGACUAACGAUGGUGUAGGAAGCGCCAAAUGUUGGACAGGCGAUGCGUACAGUAAAGACUGUGACACCGUUGACUGUGGUUUGUACAGUGACCAAAGCACCAUCACCGCGUCGUUCGAUGUGGUUAUCAAGGACUGUUACAAAGGCAGCUUAUAUACCGGGAUUGGCUACAUCUGCGAGGCUGCCAUCCCUGAACCAGCCACCUACACCCUGAACCAGAUAUUUACACCUUGAGCCAGCCAACUACACCCUGACCCUGCCUUAACUUGUGACGUCACUAUACCCUACCUGACCCUACUACCAUUAUUAUUAUUAUUAUUAUUAUUAUUAUUAUUAUUAUUAUUAUUAUUAUUAUUAUUAUUAUUAUUAUUAUUAUUAUUAUUAUUAUUAUUACUAUCAUCUCGUCAAGUUUUUGUCUUGUAAACGUCCAGGUAACAGAAGUUAUUUGUUUUGAGUGUGUUGACAAAUUACACGACUAGCAGGUGUGUUAAUGUUUAUGCAACCUAACCUAGCAGGUGUGUUAAUGUUUAUGCAACCUAACCUAGCAGGUGUGUUAAUGUUUAUGCAACCUAA